AUGUUCAUGAGGAGAAAUCCCGAAGAUGGCUAUCUCCUUCCCCGGACAGUCGACGAUCUCGACCGGAAAUUCCUCUCAUGGAUUGUCAAGUGGCCAGACGAGGGCUUCAGAUCCACAUCGAUCUUCAACACUCUGCAAUACGCAGGACGUCUAAGAACGAUCAACGACAUCCCUCCCGUCGAGGUUCACCCUAGAUCGGAUUGCACUGAGUUGACUAAUGUCAUGACCGACGACAGCAGAUAUGUCAUUAGUCCCCAAGACCUCGAUAACAUCAUUUAUAUGACACCAGGGAGAUAUCCCGUGCAAGAGACCGUGGGGGGGAAACGGUGUUAUGAUUUAAUCAUUCAAGAGACACUGCUCAAUGGCAAACUGUAUCAAGCACGAAAAAGAUCGUCCAGGGUAAACCAAUGGCUAGCUAAUCCGAGACGAGGUGGCAAUGUGGUGAGCAAACUAGUCCGGGGAAGGUCGGACUAUCAGCCAUUCCUAAACGAUGUCAGAGGCACUGGGAGACUCGUGAAGGUACUCGCAAUCUUAAACCAGGCGACUCUGGCCAUCACAUAUAAGAUGGAGGGGGUGCAAGACACGACGCAUCAUUUCAGUCCGGAGAAGCGCGAAUUGAAGCAAAAUCUGGAUCAAGCGAAAGCCCAGAUAAGUCUGGCUGAGCAGAGUCGAACGAGGAUCGGCUUGGACCAAGAACUCUCCAGUGAGCCGGUAGCGAAGUGUCUGUAUACCGAAGGGUUGAAAGAUGGUGGUGUCUGGAAUGGUUAUGAAGCACGGUGUGAGCAGCACAAUGGGAACCUACGCGUCGAAGCCAUAAAGUCAACCAUCGGUGACGUAAAAUGGCUGAUGAGGGAAGUCAUCGAGCUUUCCCUCCAUCAGCAGCGGUCCAAGCUGUUUGUUACGCCUCUGAAAGCGAUCCUGGAAGGUCAUCGGGAUGAUGAGGUCCAAGUCGGUGACGUUGUGGCACGAGGACAGCUCUGGACCAAACGCGGCUUUCAGCAUGAUCAAUUAUUUGAGAAUAGUGAGCGUGGAGGAACAGAAUCAGAGCCGAUGUGGGAGGAAUCGAAUACAGGAACCCCAUGCUAA